AUGAAACAAUAUAAUGGUCCUGACUCAGGAGUGUCGUCUGACAUGGGUCAGUACCUCUUGAAGUUCUCUAUAGGCAGCCCUCCAGCAGACAUUUAUGGCAUAGUUGAUACGGGCAGUGACCUCAUGUGGACACAGUGUCAGCCUUGUGAACAAUGUUAUAGACAAAUUAAUCCUAUCUAUAACCCUAAAUCCUCUUCUACAUACACCGGCAUCAGCUGCCAAUCGAAUGAGUGCCAUCUUCUUGACACGGCCACUUGCUCUGCCGAGUCUCUAUGCAACUAUACCUAUGCCUAUGCAUCUAGUUCGUUUACAAAAGGUGUCCUCGCCAAGGAAGCCAUUACGUUUAGCUCUAGCUCCGGAGGACAGCCUGUUUCAGUCCCAGACAUUGUUUUCGGUUGUGGACACAGUAACACGGGGUUUAAUGAGCGUGAAAUGGGCUUGGUCGGACUAGGAGGCAGGCCUUUGUCACUUGCCUCUCAAAUUGGAUCCUAUUUAGGGAACAGAAAGUUCUCUUAUUGCCUGGUUCCAUUUCAUACUGAUCCGAGUAUAUCGAGCAAGAUGUAUUUUGGUGAUGGCAGUGAAAUUAUCGGUGAGGGUGUGGUGUCAACUCCUCUGGUUCGAAAGGAAGACCCGACCUACUAUUAUGUCACGGUGGAAGGAAUAAGCGUUGGAGACAAGUUCUUGCCCUAUAACUCGUCGGGCACAGCUUCUGAAGGUAUUGUAUUCAUUGACACAGGAGUGCCGCCGACAAUAUUACCUCGGGAUUUCUACAACCGGUUGGAACGAGAAGUGAAGAACUCAAUUCCGAUGACACCAUAUCAAGACCCACAACUAGGGACACAGCUUUGUUAUAGAAGCAAUACUACUAUUAAUGCUCCCAUAUUAACAGUCCAUUUUGGUGGUGGUGCUCAGGUACCUCUAGUGCCGACCAGCACCUUUAUUUCACCAAAGCAAGAUGUGUUUUGUUUUGCAAUGACGACAACAGAUGCCGCUGUUGGCAUAUUUGGUAACUUUGCUCAAAGCAAUUUUAGGGUUGGCUUUGACGUCGACAGACAGACUGUAUCCUUCAAGCAAGUGGAUUGUACCAAAGAAUAG